AUGAGAAGCAUAAAGUGUGUGGUUGUUGGAGACGGCGCAGUCGGAAAGACCUGCCUUCUGAUCUCCUACACCACGAACCAAUUUCCUCAGGAUUACGUGCCAACUGUUUUUGAUAACUAUUCCGCUAAUUUGAUGGUCGACGAUGAGAGAGUCACGCUCAACUUGUGGGAUACUGCAGGCCAGGAAGAGUAUGACCGUUUGAGACCGCUUUCCUAUCAACAAACUGAAAUCUUCAUCAUUUGCUUCUCCCUUGUGGAACCUUCAUCCUUUGUCAAUGUAAAAAACAAAUGGAUCCCAGAAAUCAAGCAUCAUUCUCCCAAGAAUGUUUUGAUUUUGCUUGUGGGCACGAAGCGGGACUUGAGGGAUGAUCCACAUGUUCUUGACCAACUGGAAGAGUAUGGGCAGAGCCCGAUCAGUUUCGAGGAAGGUAGGAAGCUCGCAAAGGAGGUGGGAUGUAUAAAUUACAUGGAAUGCUCAGCUGCUUCGCAACAAGGUGUCAGCGAGAUUUUUGAAUAUGCAAUCAAAGCAGUUCUACAUCCUCCAACGGAGGAAAGGAAGACAAACCAAGCAGCAAAUAAGCAGCAAACACCGCUACCUGCCCAGCCAGUCCAAAAGAAAGUCAAAAAGAGCAAAAAAUGCACUAUUCUUUAAAGUAAAGAUACAAAUCACUGCUUGACAUAUAGAUCGUUCAGUUCUUCGACAUUACCGAUUACAUCACUAUUUAUCAAUUAGUUGCUUUCUCGAAGGAUGGAUCGAUGAAUUGGAUGUCAAGGGCUCGUCCUUAUUGGCAUUAUCAGUGUUCGCGCUGCGUUUUUCUAACUCAUGCUUGUGGCGUUUGAGUUCCAGUUGUUUUCGUCUCUUCUCAAGCUUCUCGUUUUUAGAUUUGAUUUUGGUGAUCCGCUGUUUAGAGUUUCCUCCACCACCAACCGUCAAUUCCACGUUUAUCUUUCGAUUAUUCAUGACUGUAUGAUGCAUCUUCAGCGCUGCUUCCACUCUUUUAACGUAGUCCUCUGUUUCGGUUUCAAACUCCAGAAAAGCUAUGCCUUUCUCUUGACGAAUUCGAAUUUUAUCAGGACUCGAGCUUUUAAAGUGUUUCUCGAGAUCUUCAUUCGACACAUUAUAAGGUAAAUUCCCUAUGAAGAGAAUUUUGCGAUCUUUCUUCUCCUGCGAUGUCCUUCUCCUGCGGGUCUUAUUUUUCUUCUGCGGCUCCUGCUUGGUCUGUUUCACUUUCUCUAGAGUUUCAGCAGCCUUUUCAGAGUUUUUAGACUUGAACUGAAGCGCUUUCAGUUGCUUUUUGGUAAGCUUUUC